GGUCAGAAAACUCUCAAGUUCAAUCACAAGUUUUGCCUUAGGAUCGACCUUUUUGACGGCGAAAGCCUACCAUGGAAGAGAGCAGCUGAUAAAAACAAGGUCAUAACAAUGAAGGAAAAAUUCAUAAAACUACAGUAUCCGAAGAGCUUCAAAGUGGUGCCCGGUGAAGUGCGGCGAAUAAUUCAGUAUAUUGAUGGGAUGGAUUACGCUGAUGAGCCUGAUUACCUUUAUAUUCAAAAUGCCCUGAGAGCUAUCGCUAAAGAGAGGAAAAUUGAUCUGACGAAACAGUUGGACUGGGUAGGAAGGAAGAGGGUGAAGAGCGCAGAACCAGAUGACGAGAGCACUACGUCAUCAGAUAUGAGGAAGACUGGUGAGGAGGGUGAAGAGGGAAGCCUCGACUCCAAUGACAAACUCAGGAAGAAGAAGUCAGCGGUAAACCUGCUCAAGAAGUAA